UUCCGAUACAUGUUUUUAUAACUGUUGGCGCUCAGUGUCGAGUUGAGAACCUGGCAAGACGGAAUGGCUGCGCCGAUGUUUUGUGUGGAUAAAAAACCAUCAAAUUUUGAACCCUACCGGUUUACGUUGUCCGCCAAGUUUGAGCAGCUGGCGCGGGAUGAGCUGCGUGAAGAACCGGAAAUUCGGGAGCAAUCGUUGACCCAAUUGCGCGAUUGGAUCGCCAAGCAUCCGUACAUUCGCAAGUGUCGAACCGACGCGGUUUUUCUGCUGCGAUUUUUGAGAUUCAGAAAGUUUUCCGUCCCCCAAGCGCAGGCCGCUAUCGAGAGGUACCUGGCCAUGCGGCAGACAUUUCCCGACUGGUUCCAAAAGUUGGACUCUACAGAGGAUUCGAUGUUGGAAACCGUCGACGAUGAGCCGAUGACGGUCGUGGGACGUGACGAGGCCGGCCGCACGCUGGUUUGGAUUCGAUUUGGGAGGUUCAACGUGGAGAAGCUCAAUCCGAUCGCCAUAUUUCGAUAUCUGAUGAUAUUCCUCGAAGUGCUGCUGGACGACGAAGAGGUUCAAGUAGGAGGUUUCCGCGUCUGGGCCGACUACACAGACAGCACGCUGAAGCACUACGGAAUGUGGGGCAUUUCGGACCUCAAGCUGCUGAUGGAUGCCGUCAACAGGUCGAUGCCGAUUAGAAUCCGAGAAAUUCACGCAGUCAAGCUUCCCAAGUUUGCCGUUGCUAUCGCGAAUGUUUUGCUCUCUUUUGCCACUCCAAAGUUCAAGGAAAGAAUUUCGUGUCACUCGACGGUUCUGGAAUCCAAAUCGCACUUCGAUGAGUCCCUUUGGCCGAAACAGUACGGAGGUCCGCAGGAUUCCGUCGAGUUGAAUCGUGCCCUUCGGAAGCUGUUCUGUGAGAAAAGGGAUGCCCUCCUGGCGCUGGACGAUAUGGACAUCGACGUGGAACACUACUCGUCCCUGUGGAAUCAGAGCGGUUCCAACAACAGUGAUAUCGACGGAGGAAUUGCUGGGUGUUUUAGAAAGCUGAACGUUGAUUAAGGGAAGGGACCAUGAUUGUGUUUAAGUUUAUUAGGGAGAUUUUGUUUAUUAAACAUUGUAUUUUCUUUCUAUUAGUCCUUAAAAAAUAUGGUUGAAAGCAAACAUCAAUAAUUUUCAAUAUCAAUA